CAAGAUCCAGCUGGAUUAUCUCGUAUACCAGUCGAACUGGUAUACGGGAAUUUAGUUGGACCUAGAAUAAGUCUGGUUAAACCACCUACUACUGAAAAACCUCACAAAAUUGAUGGUAGAUUUGAGAGAUCAAGGGUAUUAUUUUAAGGGUGAAGUUUUAAUUAAAUUCACUUCAAUAUCUCUUCAUACCACGCAUCCGAUAUUGCGUUACAUUUUAUAAAGUCUGUAAAAGAAAUGAAGCUUCUUCAAAGUACGGUAUUUUAAUUCUAGCUUUGAAUACGGUAGUAUCGGCCAAGUUAUUUCCGUUCCAAAAACGCAAGUGGGUAGUGUUAGGUUUCCUGCUGUUCAAAUUAAAACGCAUUUAACUAAUUAAUAGUUAUAUAGUGCGUCGUCACAAGUCGAAGCCUGAAAGGCAAAAACAUUCUUCGGCUCACAACUGGACGCAUUAUAACUUCCGUUGAGAAAUAAAGUCUUGUCGGAGGAGAGAAAUUAAUUUCCCAUUAUUUUGUGUGUGAAUCCAACCAGACAAUAAUAAUACUCUAGAGUGGUAUAUAUACUACGAAGGUAAAAUAAACAUUUCAGUCGUGCAUACAGUUUCAGGGUAGUGUGCCAAACCAAGCUUCACUCGUUAAAGUGUUGAGAGAGCAUUUCUUCUUGUUCUACAAAGGCAUUUCUUCUUGCGCCGCACUGGACUUGCCGACUCGUAUUAUUACUUUCUUUUCACAUGACAUAUUUUCCUAUAAUCCGUCUUGAAAACCAAAAGCAAGAAAUUCAAAACAUGUUUCUUCCAUUUCUCAUGAAUGAACUUUUAGUUAUAUUAAUACACUUACUUAAACGUAACGCACGUAAAAUGCGACAUUUUGCAACGUUGAAUUCGAUUUAAUAAUUAUAUUGUAACAUGAAAGCGUACUGCGCCUGUCGCGAUAUACAGUAGUGAGUCCAGCUAGACCAGAUGCGCCAUUGCGAUUAAGCAAUUGACCAAAACACGCUUUUUUACACAGUUAAUAAAGAAUCAAAUGGUACCUUAGCUUUCAUUAGUUUAGCAUUGCCAAUUUUCGAAAGAUUAAUUGCAUUCUCUAUUCGAAGAAAUCAAAAAAAUUUCCACAGCUUCUAUCACAUGACGGAAACGUCAACACAUUCAGGCACGGGACCGAAAUAUUUCCAAUCCCUACAAUGAAAUGAAAAUGAAAUUAUGAUAUACAGGUACUUUUCUGAAAUGGCAACAUGAUAGGCGCAGCUAAGGAUUAUUUAACGCCGAAGACAUUCAGUAUUUUGGUAUUCGUAUGUUCAAUUGUUCAUAUUCUUUGUGGCGUGGUAUUUACAGGUAUUGUUGUUGUUUAAUAUAUAGAAAGAACGAAAAUUUUCGUUGGAAAUGUCUUUUAUAGUGCGGAUUUUAGCAUGGGGGGUUUUGUCGAGUUCAUUCGUUUUAUUCGCUCAAGCGUUCUCGUUUUACUCCUUACAAUACGAGACAAGUUACAAUGCGUUACGGCGCAAGUCAACUUGUGGCAAGUCUAUAUGCCCCAAUAACAAAACUGUGAGUUUAGUGUCCCAAAUAUAUCGACUAUAAUUAUUAAACCUUAUUUCACUGUUUAUGAGAUUGAUUUUCUGUUCAAACUACCCUCAAAAUCCUCUUAGAAAAUAAAACAUUUUGGGGGAGCAUGUCCCGGCAACCCCACGGAGCUCUCUCGCGACUUUAUUAACGCUCGACUUGGUUAAUUUAAAAUCCUAGUUAAGAAUUAUCGUAUCGUUUUCGGAUUGAGAUAUCGGCUUUACAAUUACAAUGUAAAUUCAUCAGUACAUUUAUUAAUUAACAACGUCAAUUCAGUAAGUUCAUUUUGACUCUUUGGAAUUUGCAGCGUAUCCGAGCCUUUUUGGCUUGUUACAGAUUGCACAUUUACGAAAUCCUACUCUAUUAAAGUAGCCUACGAUGAUCUGGAAUCGCGGCAAACUUCAAAGCCACAAAAUAGAAGACCUUUGUUUGAUGUUGAACUGUACUUCACCGUGCAUACAUCCUUUUUCUCAACUUCACGAAAUAUUAUUCAUCGUGGCUGCACGUUUCAUCUCAGCUAUCCGUAUUGGACAGUCACUUAAUUUGUUGUGCCCAAAUUUUAUAGCACUUAUCGACUUCCAGUAUAGUUAAUUGAAUAUUACGAAAGUGAUAUCAGCUACAGGUUUUGAAAGAGAAAGUAAGGUAAAUACACAUGCCAGUAAGAGAUUGAUAAUAAUCUAAAGAAAAUAAUUAAGUCAUUGGUCAUGGUAAUAAGAUUAAGGGCUUUCAAGCCGAUAUCUCAAUCCCACAUAGAAGGCUCUACAGCAAAAGCUAAAAGUACUUUCCGGUAUAUCACGAAUACAACAUAGACAAUCAACAAGUUGCUUUUACAAGUCUUGUUCUGAUCAACAAAGUAACUUCCACCGAACUCUCUUGAAGACAGCUAGUUUAUAAAUAGUGAAAGGUUGCUUUAGUGAACAAUUAGUUACAUUACAUUACAUCACAAUGGGCAAAUUGCAGUCUGAAAAUGUGUUAUAAAGCUAAAAACGAAGCUUUGCAUGAAAUUUUUAGUUGAAUCAUGUGAUUGUCUAGUAAAGCCUUUCUCAAUCCAUGUUGUUUCAGAUUUUAAUCAUAUACAGGGCAUUUUUUCUUAAUUCAGGGCAAAUUUACGUGUAUCUGAUUGGCUGAGAUGCAAGCGAGGGAAGUUUGUCGUCUUAAAUAGCAAUAAAAACAAUGGCUACUCGCUUUGUCGUUAUUGAAUGAUGUUAUUGAAGAAUUAAAAACUUCUAGUGAAAACUUCAGCACUUAGAAAAAGUACAAAUUUAUUGGUUGUGGUAUCAGUUAAGAAAUUGGCAGGCAGCGCAGCAUUAAGAAACAUUGGCGAAAAGGCGAAGACAUGCAUGGAGACAUACGAGGUUCGAGAACUUGACAACUUCACAAUUAAUUUACGAAUAAAUUUUGCCCUUUAUAAUUAAGAGGCAAUUUUUUUCAAUGUCACGUAUUUGCAAUGAAAAGUGUUCAAAACCGAAAAUUGUUUUCGCGUUCCUCUCAAAAUUACUUUGUUUUAGCUUUAUUCACUAGGUUAUGGAGUUAGCUACCUUUUUAAAUGCAUCUGCCAGUUGAGAAACAUAAAAUAAUAGUUAAAAAUUGUCAAUUAAAAUACAAAUAUCAAUGAUGCUUUAAAAUUGACGCCAUAUUUACAGCCAUAUAAGCAAAACUUACUGAACUUCAGACAUCAUUUUCUCUUUGGCGUAUCAUCUAAAAUCUCUUCAUUUUGGCAUUAUUUUACAGAUAAAGCACUAAAAUUACUUUUUAAGUUUGUUUGCCGAUUGAGAAACGUAUCGAAAAAUAAAAAUUUUGAAUUUAGUCCUAACCUCAAGUGAUAUAUUAUAUACGCAUUAGUUUUGAGCGCCUGUUAUGUAACAUACAAAAAAAUCUCCUCUUAACAACUAAUCGCAUAGUUCCUCGUAAAAUUAAGGUUUAACUUCAUUUAUGUUUUCUAAGUGCGGAACUUUGAAAACACGCGUGAAACUAUAAACCUUAAUUUUACUCGGCCCCAUGCAAUUACUUAUACUAACAUUAAAACUUAAAGUUUGAACAACACAAUUAUACAAGCCGAAUAAAUACUCAAUUACAUACUGUAUGUGUACUGUAUGUGUAUCCAUUAUGCUCUUCGCGUUUGGAUUUCGAGAUUUUGCAGUUUUGACUUUGAAAGGAAUUAACUUAAUUUGACACAUCCUUCCGGAACGUACUUAGCGUUGCCCAUAUAUAGCUAGAGUAUCGUUUUCGGAUUGAGAAAUUGGUUUCAAAAUGUAAAUCCAUUAAUCAAGUGAAUUUCUAAAGAGCGAUAUAUCAGUCGGCAUUUGCUUAAUUAUAUGAUUUCCGCAAUAAAAGUCCAGUGGCGGAUCUGACAUCAUCCCCAAGGAGGAGUGCUGGUUUUCUAUUGUGGCGGGGGGGAGGUGCAUGAGUGAGCUUUACUGCCCACUCUCCUCUGCAGUUCCGCCGUUCUGCUAUAUUCUAUGUUGUUUAUAAUGUUUAUAUUGGCUUUUUAUCACGUAUGGGUGACUGCUCGGUUGCUGUAGUACAGUACAGUAAAUUUUCUUGUUCAAGUACAGUAUGUUUGAAAAUAUGGCUGUAUAUGUUUACAUAUUUAACGAGUAUUUUCUCGUGAGCUCACAAAUCAACUAAAUCGUUUCAUGAUCAAGAAAUCGACACGCGCUAACAUGAUAGAUGUUCUAUGGGGAAGCAGAUUCUUAAGGUGAUGCUAGAUACCACUAGGGAGGUACUAGACACCUCUAGGUGGGGUGCGCAUCCCCUCCACCCCACGGUAAAUCCACACACGCUAGACACCACUAUAUAGGGGGAGUGCUAGAUACCACUACUUACUAGGGGGUGCUUUUCUGGUACGCUAUACUUGUAAAUGAAUAUAAACUCUUCGUGUUAAUUCAAAAAGGUUCGAAAGAUGCAAAAUUUGGGCAAUGUUUAUAUCUGGGGGGAGAAAGGAGUGGAAAUCAUCUUUAUAACAAACGUACUUGCAGUUUCCCGAGCGAAGCAAGGUGAGUUCAGGAAACUUCCAGCCACCCGAGGUGCGUCCAAUCCCGGACUCACCGAACCUGUUAGUACGUUUGGUUUUUAUCCCAUACACCGAGCCAUACACACAUUUGUAGUUCUUCGCGAUAUAUUCGUCGAUGUUUUGUAAACAUUUUCCCGGCCAAAAAAAUCACUGGGCAAGAAAAUACUUCUUUAUCUACGUCUACAUUACCUUUACUGCAUUUUUUUCUUUGGUUUUUCUUCAGUCUCAGUAUGUUAGUCACCGAAAAAGAUCUUUAAAGUUUAGGUUUAUCGCCUAAAUCUUGUCCGCCAUAUUUGUUAUUGUUAAUAUUGCAACGUAAGCAGUUUAGCGGGUGAGUUUGGGCGAAAAGCAGGUGAGCUCGACGACAAGCUCACCUGCUCUAAACCAAUCAGAAAGCCGCUUUUAACACAGGUAUGGGAUAAUAUGUUUUGACUUUGAAAGGACAACCUUAACACACUCUUAUGGAAAGUACUUGAUUUGGCUAUAAGGCCCAUAUCUUCAGUCUCGGGAUAUCGGAUUUGGUGUCUUUAAUAUUUCUAAUUACAACUUGCAAAUUUACAAAAUCAUACAGUUAUAUUAUUUUACCCGCAUUUAAAUGCGUACGUGUGUACGAAUUGCCUCAUUAACAUCAAUAACCAUAUGAAACAUACAGAUAAUCGAUGGUCACGACACAUUACUGUGGACGUAGCGUUCGUUGACGCUUCUCAAUUUAUCUGCAACCGUAAAUACUGAGUAAUUCGUAUUGGUUGUUACUAAAGAAAAUAUAUGUGGAAUUAAAUUAAAUCUCGACAUUUGCCUUGUGUAUUCGCAUAAUUGUUCUGUCAAGUGGAAGUUCGGUUGGUUACAGUAAACUGCGAUUAAUGUGCAACGUAAGCCGUCAUUAGUAACUUCCGUGUAAACUUUCGGAGAGAAAGUAAGUUUUCCCACACUAUUUCCAGGUAGUAAAUUAACUGUCUGUAACUAUAGAAUUAUAAGUUAAUAUGAUAUAGUUUAGUUCAUGCGUAUCAUUCGUGUCUACAGAUAUAUUUAUUUCCAGAACUUUUACUUUCCAGAUUUUUCAGGAAUUUGUCUAAACAGCAACAAUUUGGGUUUGGUCCAUCAUAGCAAAUAAUGUGCAUGCACAUAAGAUUUGCAAUUAGUGCGGUAUUAGCCUCACAUCCAAAAUUAAUUCCAGUGGUCGGCUCCUGAGCCAUUUUCGUCCUUACAUGUAGUUAGUUAUUAGAUUAUGUAAAAGACAUUUAUAUAAUUAAGUAAUCGGUAACAAUAAAGGCUCUCAAGCGGUAACAAGGCCAUGCAAAUACGUUCCGGAAGAGUGUAUCAACCCCGAAAACAUUAAGAAUUUUGGCAUACGUAUGUUCUGAUAUUUACAGGUAUCGUUGUUUCUUUAAAAGAGGGAGAGCCUGGAAAAUUUACUUGCUAUGUCACGCCUGAAAGAAAAGUGAUAUACAAGACGGAAGUCGACAAAUUCUGUUAUUCAAGAUAUCAAGAGAAUUAUAAUUCCCCACUUCCAUUUUAUGGCUUUGCCAUACUGAGUAUUUGGUUCCCGAUUAUUGUCGCUGUUAUCUAUUCACUCGGGGUCCGAAGUCGUGUUGAGGAAAUCGACUCAAGUAAUGAACCACAAAUACAAGGCGAAGCAGAGAACCAGGUACAGGACAGAACUUUUUAUGUUUAUUAUUUCUACUUUUUCCACCUUGCUAUUCGUGUCCUAUCUGGAAUACUGUUUACUAUCCUACAGUUUGCAUUGUUUUUUCCAAGUGGUUUCGAUUCAAAGUUUAGCUGUAAACGACGAACAGCGUUUACGUCCAAGACACCAGUGAAUGCGAGUGACAUUCUGUUGAAUAGUACAACUAUUUCUUGUGAAAAUUUGAGUGCAUCUGAGAAACUGGUAUGGUGGGUCAUGGUAUCUGUAUUAAACAUUGGUGUUGCUUCAGUAAUGCUUGUGGAAUGGAUUCGUCUAUGUCGACGAUUUCCAACUUGUGAUACCGAAUUUAUUACGGAUUAUUUGUUGCGAAAGCAUUAUGGACGUGUCAAGUCUUAUCAACUAACAAACUUGCAAGAAUGUAUAGACUUUUACAAAGGACAAGUUUUGGAACCUUUCCGUACAACUGAUGUAAUCUCUGGACCAAAAACUGGUUUAGAUGAUUUAUAUGUUGACGUUGUUAUUCAUACCGAACGAGCUCCGCAUAAAUUUUCGAAAGAUAUGCAAAGACAUGAAAUUUUCGAUGUUUAUAUGGACGUUCCCCCAGACUCUGUACGUCUAGAAGAGGUAAAAGAUUUAUUUUAUCCCAACAAAGAUACAAAAGACAAGUUUCCCCGCAAGAUUCUGGCCGUUGGACGUCCCGGAAUAGGAAAAACAGUCUUGACUGAAAGAAUCAUGCGUGAUUGGGCUAAUGGUGUUGAUAUAUUUUAUCGUCGCAAAAUUGUCUUUUACUUUAAGUUUAGAUGGUUCGAUUCAAACGAAUUGAAAGACAUAACUCUCAAGGCGUUUCUUCGUUAUGGAACAGGUCUAAGCGAUGAAAAAUUUGAAAGAAUUUAUCAAGAUAUAACGAAUCGCCCAGAAAAAGCCAUUCUUAUUUUUGAUGGUUUAGAUGAGUUUAGUGGCAACGUUGACUGUUUAGACCACUUACCGCCUCCAAACGAUCCUAAUAUUUCCAUGUCUGGGAUUUCAUUGUUUAUAAAACUGAUUUCUGGUCGCGUAUUGCCAAAGGCAACGGUUUUGGUAACGAGCAGACCAACUGCUAAUGACUUUUACUCUAGGCUUACUUUUGAUAGAACAGUUGAGAUUCUUGGUUUCACUUCAGACAAAAUUGAAAAAUAUGUGAGUCAAUUUUGUGACAAUAAUAACAGAGGUAAUCUAAAAGAAAAGAUUUGGAAGCACAUAAAAUCCUCGUCAGACUUGUUAAAUUUAUGUUACAUUCCUGUAAAUUGCUUGAUUGUUUGUACAAUCUUGUUUGAAUGUGUUAGUGAUCCUAGAAAUGACACCGAUGCUGUACCAACAACAGUUACUGAACUUUAUCAGUUAGCCAUAACCUAUUUUGAUAAGCAUCACAACAGAAAAUUGUCCGGACAAUCGUCUGAAGAAGCAAUUAGGAAACUUCAGUUAUUGGCAUAUGAUGGAAUUGAACGCAUGAGACUGGUUUUCGAUGAAGAACCAUUUGAUGAAGAAAUGAAAAAUUCUGGUUUGUUAAACAGUUUGUCGAGCCCUAUUAAGACACAAUUUUGUUUCAUCCAUCUCACUAUACAAGAAUUUCUUGCUGCAAGGCACGUGACCGAAACGUUUACUCCGGAAAAGAUCAAGGAGUUUAUUUUAUCUCAUAUUGAAAAUGGUAAAUGGCAUUUAGUGCUUCAGUUCAUUGCUGGUCAGUUGGGCAAGAAAAACGGCUACAAGGAUUGUGUUUUGGCGUUCGCAGAAAGGUUUGUUAGAGAAGAUGGUAUAUUUGAUGUUACAGAUAACAGUGUAUUUGUAAUGAAAUGUUUGAGGGAGGUGGAUGAUGAAGACAUUGUUGAACUAGCUUGCGAAACAACUGGUAUGAAUGAUGUCGUGAGUGUGAGAUACGAUGGCAUAUCAAACUUGACCUCAAGUGACUGUGCAGCAGUGACUUUUGUUUGCAAACACUUGAAGAAAUUAACGAUAUUAGAUUUUGCCCUGGGUGACUCGAAUGAAGAAUCGUAUCCGGAAAUUAAUAAAUUGCUGGAACAAAGAUGUAUAAAACAACUGCAUCUAAUUGGCUCAUUAUAUGACGGUCUUGAAGCGGGACAUCUGUUUAAAGCAUUAGUGAAAUCAAAUUGUUCAUUGAAGCACGAACACGCUAAGCUUACGAAGUUAUUUAUUCGAUGGUUUCGCGUAACUGAUGAAGAAAGUUCAUCGAUGAUGCAUGAGUUUUUCAAAAACGGACAUGCAAGUUAUCUCGAGGAAUUACACCUCCAAUAUUGUGAAGUAAGUUCGCGUGGAGUAUCCAUACUUUGUGAAGUCCUUGGCAAUAAACUAUGUCCGGAACUUACAUGCCUGGAUCUUACUAACACUGGCAUUCUUGAUGAGAGUGUAGCACUAGUGUUGUGUAACGCCCUUAUUGAACAGAAGCUAUUUACCCUUACUGAGCUGUUUCUUGGUGGUUGUUCACUAACUGAUGAAUGCGUAUCUUCCUUGUGUGAAGUACUUACAGAUGAGCGUUGCAAACUGACUGUAUUGUCUCUAGAAGAGAAUAAAGGUAUAAGCGAUGAAGGUUUACGCAUCUUGUGUAGAUCGGCUUUAACAAUGGAGCAUUGUAAACUUGAGAAAUUGAACCUGUCCCGUUGUUCAUUAACAGAUGAAUGUAUACCCGAUCUACGUAAUGCAUUGCGAGAUGAACAUUGUAUGCUUACUAAAUUGUCCCUACGUGGAAACAAGUUUACUGAGGAAGGCAAGAAGUCCCUUC